GGGGCGGGGCCGAAACGGCCCAGUGGGCGGGCAUUUGAAAUCAGUGCUUUAGAGUAGACCCUAAACAUCAUUUUAUACCUUCAAGAACCAAUUACUUAAUGUCUCUUCCGUCUUUCCCUUCCCCGACCCCCUCCCAGACUCCUUCAUUCCGGUGCUGCGUGGACGGAAAGCCCCGGGUAGCCGACAACACGUCCCCGGCUAGCGAGAGAGAGCGUAGAGAAGGAUUACACCAAACUUUAAAACCAACGGCGCCUGCUUCCUCUCUCCUGAGCUAGACCCAACAAACCUAGAGAGCUGGGCUACGGAAAAACUAGUGUUUUCAUUUAAUUGGAUAUGAAGAAAGAACAAAUAUGUACGGGGGCAACCACGAUCUUUAUAAAGAACGUAAGUUCCAGGAAAGCAGGAACCUUGUCUCUCUUGUUCACUGGUGUAUCCUCUGCAUAUAGAACAGUGCCUGGCACAUAAUAGGUGCUGAGCUUUGUUUAAACACUGCCCUGAAGAUACAACCUUUAGGACACCCACUCCAAGACUGAGUGAUUCAAUAGACCUCCAAGGAACAGUGUCAGGUACUGACUGAGGAGCAUCAUAGGCUCAGCCACUGUUAGUUCUAGGCAACUCUUCUACCCAGAGCGUUGUUCCUUGGUGAAUCAGCAAGCCUAACAAACAUUAUCAUUUCACUUGCAUAAAGGUCCACUGGUGGUUCAUAGUGACUCAGAUACUCAAACGCAUUUUUUAAAAAGUAGCAUUUUCCAGCAUCCUCAACUAUCUAGAACAUACUGAAAACCUUUGGAGUUUGGUGCUUAUUAAUGGAAGCUAUGAAGUCUAAGGCCAACUGUGCUCAGAACCCAAGUUGUACCAUAAUGAUAUUUCAUCCAACCAAAGAAGAGUUUAAUGAUUUUGAUAAAUAUAUUGCUUACAUGGAAUCCCAAGGCGCACACCGAGCAGGCCUCGCUAAGGUGAUUCCACCCAAGGAAUGGAAAGCCAGACAGACCUACGAUGAUAUCAGUGACAUCUUAAUAGCCACUCCCCUCCAGCAGGUGGUCUCCGGCCAGGCAGGUGUGUUUACUCAAUACCAUAAAAAGAAGAAAGCCAUGACAGUGGGGGAGUAUUGCCAUUUGGCAAACAGCAGAAAGUAUCGGACUCCACCACACUCGGAUUUUGAGGACUUGGAGCGAAAAUACUGGAAAACCCGUCUCUACGAUUCUCCGAUCUAUGGCGCUGACAUCAGCGGCUCCUUGUUUGACGAAAACACGGAAGAGUGGAACCUCGGACACCUGGGAACCAUUCAGGACCUGCUGGAGCAGGAGUGCGGCGUGGUCAUCGAGGGCGUCAACACCCCCUACCUGUACUUUGGCAUGUGGAAGACCACCUUCGCCUGGCACACGGAGGACAUGGACCUUUACAGCAUCAACUACCUGCACUUCGGGGAGCCCAAAACUUGGUACGCGGUGCCCCCAGAGCACGGCCAGCGCCUGGAACGCCUGGCCACGGAGCUCUUCCCGGGCAGCGCCCGCGCCUGCGAGGCCUUCCUGCGGCACAAGGUGGCUCUCAUCUCGCCCACCGUCCUCAAGGACAACGGGAUCCCCUUCAGUCGGAUCACGCAGGAGGCUGGCGAGUUCAUGGUGACGUUUCCCUAUGGCUACCACUCUGGCUUCAACCAUGGCUUCAACUGCGCAGAAGCCAUCAACUUCGCCACCCCGCGCUGGAUCGAUUAUGGCAAGGUGGCCUCCCAGUGCAGCUGCGGGGGGGCCCGGGUCACCUUUUCCAUGGACGCCUUCGUGCGCAUCCUGCAGCCCGAGCGCUAUGAGCUGUGGAAGCGCGGGCAGGACCGGGCUGCCGUGGACCACACGGAGCCCGCGGCGCAGGGCAGUCGGGAGCUGCGCGCCUGGAGGGAGGUGCGCGCCCCCGGGAGAGCCGCGCUGGGCCUGAGGCACCUCCCCCCGCGCCGGGCCCCGCGCGCCCCGCGACCUGUGGCCGCUGGCCGGGGCACCCGCCGCCGCACCGCUCUGCGCCCGGCCUCCGCGCGCCCCUUGCCCGCGCAGAGCUCUUCCUCUGAUGCCCAGUCCGGGGCUGUCCCCGCCCGCACCUCCCGGGAGUCUGGCCCCACCCGGCCACCGCCCCCCAACCCCUCUGCCCCAGAUCUCCAGCCGCCCACCGGCAGGCGUGGUCCUCCUGGUCGUCGUCCUCGGGAACAGGGUGCUCAGGGGCCUAGCAUCCAGGCCCGGGCCAAGAGGCGCCUGUCGGUGGGAACAGGGCACGCAGCUCAGCACUGCAAGGCUCAGCCCCUUCCUGUGGAUGGAGGCUGGAUGGACAAGCCCGCACCACCAAGCCCUGGGCUCCGGCGAGGGGCUGAGGCUUCCGGGUCGGGCUGUGCCCUUGUCCCCUAA